GCAUAAAAAUAGAAAGUUUCUCUGCUUUCUGGUAAAACUUAUAAAUCAAACUGGUCCUUCUUUUCUCUGAUUCUCAGUAGCCUCACUGCCACUGCUAGCGACCAAAUUACUCUGCAUCAUCUUCAUCUUCAUGCAAACUAAAUUACAAAAACAAAGAAUUCCAUCACUCUUUCUCUCUUUCUCCCAUCUCCUUAAACAUUGUGCCAUUCCCACCCCCCCCUCUCUCUCUCUCUCUCUCUAUAUAUAUAUAUAUAUAUAUUACACACAUACAAACAGAGCAAUAUAUAAGGUCCACUAUGAAAAUGGAGUUAUAUAGAUUGCAGACAAUCUGGGUAAGUGUGUUUUUUUCUUUUUCGUAGUGUGUGCUUCUUCUUCUUCUCCCCUAUGAUUGAGGGUGUGUUCCCCACUUCCCAUCAAACCCAUUUCACUUUUUCAAUUCUCUAGUCUCUUUCCCAUCUCUCUCUCUCCGAAAUGGAAAAUCAUACCCAUGCAUUGCAUAAACACCUCUCCUUUAGCUCCAUCUCUAUCUCUCUCCAAGAAAAAAGGCUGCGGCUUUCUCGGGACUUACUAUUAUUGUUGUUGCAGACCAAAAAAAAAAAAAAAAAAAAAAAAAAAACUCUGAAAUGAAAGGUUUUCCAUUUUCCUUCACUCUUUCACAGUCCCUGACUCACCUUUUUACGGGAUUUUUUCCCCUUCCUAUUAGGAUAGUGAGAAUGAGGCAAAUGAAAAUUGAAAAAACAAAAAAAGCCAAAAAUGGUAUCAAUGUGGAAAAAGCGAAAAAAAAAAAAAAAGGACCCAAAAAAGAAAAAAAAGGUAUAUAUUGUUUGUAGAAACGUCUGAAAGAAAAAAUGGUGACAGCUGAUAAAGUAUUGCAUGUAAAGUCCAAGACAUGUGUCUCUAAGGAAAGCCAAAAAAGGUGCUAGGUGUGAGGCUUUGGAUUCGUUCCCACAACUAUUUGCACUACAUAUAUACCUCAUCUCUCUCAUCACUAUGGAUCAUGAACAAGUAGCUAAUUCUAAUUUCUGUUUCUUUGGUUUUUUCCUUCCGGGUGUUUUCACUUUCGAUUCUGUAUCUUCUUCUUCUUCACCACGUGGUCUUGUUUUCUGUAACGGCUAGCUGGGGCUGUCCUAGCUAGCUGAAAGCCCAUAACUCCUUUUCUCUUCACCUUCAUGUGCUAUAAUUCACCAUCACCAUAUCUAUCCCUCAGCACUCUUAUCUCUGUCAGUUAUCUCUAAUGGGUCGCUCUUGUUUUUAAUAUCCUUUUGGUGAAUUCGUUUUCCUUGUUUUUGGUCUUGGUUAUGGCUUGGGUUCUUCGAUUUCGUAAGCUAUGUUAUGUAGAGCCUGUGGAAUGCUCUUCAGUGGGUUUUCAAUCUUUUGAUCAGAGCCAGAACAGUGGGAAAAAAGAUGACGCUGUUGGUUCAAAGGUUGAAGAAAGUGUACUAGAAACGAAGCAGAAGCAAAAGACCAAGCAGAGCAAGAAGCAAGCUAAGGACUGGAGUUGCAUAGAUUACUGUUGUUGGACAAUUGGAUACAUUUGCACAACAUGGUGGCUUCUCUUGUUGUUGUUCCAUUGUUUUACAACCACAUUGCCGGGAUUUCAGGUGCCGGAAUCGCCCGGAGCGAGGCUUAGACGAGAAGGCUUGGCUGCUCUUCACCCUGUUGUUCUGGUACCCGGCAUUGUAACCGGUGGGCUUGAGCUCUGGGAAGGAAGGUCUUGUGCUGACGGCCUUUUCCGGAAGAGACUUUGGGGUGGUAGUUUCACUGAAAUCUUCAAAAGGCCUCUGUGCUGGUUGGAGCACCUAUCUCUAGACAAUGAAACUGGACUUGAUCCUCCGGGAAUUCGAGUUCGAGCAGUUCCUGGACUUGUUGCGGCUGACUAUUUUGCUCCUGGUUACUUUGUUUGGGCAGUUCUCAUUGAGAAUUUAGCUAAAAUUGGUUAUGAGGGGAAGAAUCUGCAUAUGGCUGCAUAUGAUUGGAGACUGUCUUUCCAGAAUACAGAGAUCCGGGACCAUGCUCUAAGUAGAUUGAAGAGUAAAAUUGAGCUUAUGUAUGUAACCAAUGGAUAUAAGAAAGUGGUAGUGGUGCCCCAUUCUAUGGGGGUUAUUUACUUCCUCCACUUCAUGAAAUGGGUUGAAUCACCUCCUCCUAUCGGUGGUGGUGGUGGUGCAGGUUGGUGUGCGAAGCACAUCAAAGCAGUCAUGAAUAUUGGUCCCGCAUUUCUUGGUGUUCCAAAAGCAGUCAGCAAUAUAUUUUCUGCCGAAGGCAAAGAUAUCGCAUAUGUCAGAGCUAUGGCUCCGGGUGUUUUUGAUUCUGAGAUUCUUGGCCUACAAACAUUUGAACACGUGAUGCGUGUAUUGCGGACUUGGGAUUCCACAGUCUCCUUGUUGCCAAAGGGUGGAGAUACAAUCUGGGGAAACUUGGAUUGGUCCCCUGAGGAAGGACAUAGUUGCAAUUUAGCAAAGAAAAAAAAUGAACAGCCCACUUCCUGUGACAUUAAUAGUUUUAACCACAGUGACCGAGCUAAAGCUUUCCAUGUAAGAGAACCUGAGAAAUAUGGACGAAUGAUCUCUUUUGGCAAGGAAACAUCUCAGCUGCCCUCUCCUCAACUCCCCACUCUUAAUUUGGAGGAACUUUUGGGUAUGGGUACCUCAGCCAGUUUCAACUCAUGUGGAGAGGUGUUGACGGAAUAUGACAAGCUAAGCAGGGAAAGCAUUAGAAAAAUUGCAGAGAAUAAGGCUUACACAGCUAAAACACUUUUUGAUUUACUACGUUUUGUGGCUCCAAAAACCAUGCAACGGGCUGAGGCUCACUUCUCUCAUGGAAUAGCUGAUAAUCUUGAUGAUCCUAAGUAUGCCAACUACAAGUAUUGGUCUAAUCCACUUGAGACCAAGCUACCCAAUGCUCCUGAUAUGGAGAUAUACUGCUUAUAUGGUGUUGGAAUGCCAACUGAAAGAUCAUACGUGUACAAGUUAUCCUCUUCUGAUAAGUGCAAGAGCAUUCCUUUCCGGAUUGAUAGCUCAGCAGAUGGAGAAGCUGGAAACUGCUUGAAGAAUGGAGUAUAUUUUGUGGAUGGUGAUGAGAGCGUGCCUGUUAUAAGUGCAGGAUUCAUGUGUGCCAAGGGAUGGAGAGGAAGAACCCGGUUCAACCCAUCUGGUAUUGCCACCUACAUAAGGGAGUACCGCCACAAACCUCCGGCUAGCCUGCUCGAGGGAAGGGGUCUAGAGAGCGGUGCACAUGUCGAUAUCAUGGGAAAUGUAGCAUUGAUAGAAGAUGUUUUACUGGUUGCUGCUGGAGCCACUGGCGCAGAGAUUGGAAGUGACAAGAUUUACUCUGAUAUCAUGAGAAUGUCUGAGAAAAUAAAUCUUAGGUUGUGAUUAUGUUCAAGAAAGGUUAUUGUUACAACCACAACAUAAGCAGCCACACAUGGGAGAGGGGGAGGGGAAGAAGAGAUAUUGAGAGUAAAGAAAGAGAACUAACAGUAAAGUGAAAUUCUGCUUUAAGGCCUAAUGAAAACUCGUAUGACUUCCACAACCACUACCUUUUCGAAAAUUAGGAUUUAGAGCUUUUUGGACCAAUAAAUACUAUCGAUAAUAGGAAUAAGGGCCAUAAGAAAGAGGGAAAUCAAGCAUUACCUUGUAGUUUAUUUUUUCUUUUUAUUUUGUAAUCAUGUCAUAAAUAUAUGAAUAAUGUGCCGUUGGCUCACAGGUGUAAAUACUACAAGAGGCUGAUAAAACUUGUGCUAGCUAUAUUGGGUUGCUAUUAAUGUCACACAUUUUAAUGUACCCAGAAAUCAAUGAACUAAUGAAUAAAAUUUUAUUUUCAUAA